AUGAGGAUAUCCAUUUCCUUUGCCAUCUGCUUUCUAGCAAGUCUUUGUUCGGCUCUUGACACCUCGUACUUGCUGAACAAUAGGUUCACACAUUACGUGAGCAACUUCCAAACUUCUCUAGAAGAGGGACUGGGACAAGUUUACAACGGGUUUAAUUUAAUCUUCAAAUUUGACAAAGAGGCUUAUGAAAAAUUUGUCAGAUUCCAAAGCCCGGAAGAGAAAUUUUAUGAAGAAGUUUACGCUGAGGGAUUUGAGGAUGCCAGCGAGUGGUACCAAUACCAUAAUGAAAAAUUGAGGCAACAAGAGAGAAGGGAUCUACAAAGCGAAGGACAACAGUAUAUCAUUCCUUUUGAAGAGGAAUAUCACUCAACUGUAGUUCCAAAAUCUGUGGGGGUCAAGAUUCACCAAUAUCAAUACUAUUGUAAUGGAACAAGAGUUAGCUUUGCGAAUUACUUGGAGUUCAGAAACCACAAUAAGUUUAAAUGUGAGAACAAACCUCGCAAAGUCGUAUUUGAUGCCUGAUAUAAUGAUUAUGAGAAGUAUCCAAAAAAUAAGGUUAAGGGUUGCACUGGAUUUCACCGUCUUAAAUGUAGUUUUGAUGUUCUAAAGCCUGCUACUGACUGCUAUACUCCAGAGGAGAUGAAUGAGUUCGGACUUGGUGAAGUCUGUAAAGUCUUAGAUGACAAUGAAAAGCAAACUUUUGAGUUUACAAUGAACUGCACUCAUGGAAUCAAUACAAUAAGCCAAGUAUAUACCUCUACUUACUUCGAAACCGUGUAUGACAUGGAGCUUAAAGAUGGCUCAGAAUUUUGGCUUAAAGAUACAGACAGAUUCAUAUAUUUUCCAUUUGAUCCUAAAUUUAAGAUAGAGAUAGCUUUCCAGAACUUCAAGUAUUUGAGUCAAUUUCAAAAAUUUUUCGUAAACAUCACAGAUCCAGAUCAAAUUAUAGGGAAGAAACCGAUAACUGUAGAUCUGGAUUUCAAAAAGAUGGAUAAGACUUAUUCACCAGGAGGUAGAUAUUUCUAUAAAAUUUGGCUGAGAACAGAAGCACAUUCAUAUUUUACUUUGGAAGAUAACUCUGGACUCAUGGCUAUUAAGGGCUAUCAGGAGCCUAAGAAGUCCAAGCUUGAUUAUUACCUCAAGAUAUUCACCCUAAAAAGAAUUAUUUUACUCAUACUCUUGAUCUCAGGGAUUUCCUUGUGAAUAUUUUGUAAAAGAAGAAGGGAACAGAAUGAGAAAAGAUUACUCGAGCAAGCUUCUUAAAGUUGAAUAUAUAAAAUUUUCAAUGCAU